CUCAUCUAAUAUUUUCCUUUUAACAAACUAUUAUAUAUAGUUUGAUCUAUUUCAAAUUAAGUUGAGGGAAAAUAAUCAUUGAACAUGGCAAAAAUCUCUUUUGUGCUUCUCAUUGUCGCCCUUAUUGCCUUUCUACAUGUCUCUGAGGCUAAUCGUUCGAUAAAAUUGGACGAACAAGUACUUGAAAACGACCUGCACGAAGCCAGGGACUUGAUCGAAGAGGACUUGAAAGAAAAGGAAACGAACAUUAAGAACUUGGAAACCGAGGUGAGUAUGUUAACCAAAUCGGAGAUGAUGUUGAUUCAGCUCGGAGAAGCUUACAAAAGUGGUAAGAGUUUAGAGCCAUUCGGGAAAAGGCUCAAGAAAUUCAACAGGAGGAUCAAGCAGGCGCCAGAGGAACUGAGAUACGUAUCCGUAAUCCGAUCCAUUUUGAAGGAUUUGGGAUUAAACGGAGGGAGAGAUCAGGAUGAUUGAAACAAUCAAGAAUUAGGGUUUGAUAUAUGGAUGUUUUGAUGCGUUUAAAAGAGGUUUCAAAUUGGCCCAUGGAGUUUGAUUUACGAAUGAGAGGAGCAAAUAAUUUACACAUAGUAUAUAUAAUUAUUUAAUUGCAUCAAUUGAAUAAAUUAUCAAUUGUAAUUCAAUUAAAUGAAAUGUACUACUUAUAAAUCU